CGCCGCUUCGUUGAUGGAUUGGUCCACCCGGUUCCGCAUCCGAAACCCGUCGCCGGCCGCGUCCCACUUUGCCGGCCACAGGCGGAGUCAAGCGGAUAGGGUAUUUCUCCGGACCAUGGCGUCGGCGGCCCCGGUGGAGGAGCCGACGGCGGCGGCCGAGGCGAAGGGGCGGCUGACCGGUGACUCCUUCAUCCGGCGCCACCUCAGGACCCUCGCCCCGUAUCAGCCCAUCCUGCCCUUUGAGGUGUUAUCUGCUCGCCUUGGGCGUAGACCAGAGGACAUAAUCAAGUUGGAUGCAAAUGAGAAUCCAUAUGGUCCACCCCCGGAGGUCGCUGCAGCACUAGGUAGUCUCAAGUUCCCCUAUGUGUACCCUGAUCCUGAAAGCCGCCAAUUGCGUGCUGCCCUUGCUGAAGAUUCUGGACUUGAAUCUGAUUACAUACUUGCUGGAUGUGGCGCAGAUGAACUAAUUGAUUUAAUUAUGAGAUGUGUGCUUGAACCAGGCGACAAAAUUGUUGAUUGCCCUCCAACAUUCACAAUGUAUGAGUUCGACGCUUCAGUCAAUGGUGCACUUGUUAUCAAGGUUCCAAGACUGCCCGAUUUUUCCCUAGAUGUUGAUCUCAUUGUCGAAGUGGUUGAACAGGAAAUGCCAAAAUGCAUAUUUCUGACAUCCCCAAAUAAUCCAGAUGGCAGUGUAAUCAAUGAUGAGGAUCUUUUAAAGAUACUUGAUCUCCCAAUACUUGUAGUGCUGGAUGAAGCUUAUAUUGAGUUUUCAAGCCUUCAGUCAAGAAUGGCAUGGGUUAAGAAGCAUGAUAAUUUGAUUGUUCUCCGAACAUUUAGCAAACGGGCAGGUUUAGCUGGUCUUCGUGUGGGUUAUGGUGCAUUUCCUCUGAGCAUUAUCGAGUAUUUGUGGCGGGCCAAGCAGCCCUAUAAUGUUUCUGUGGCCGCAGAAGUUUCAGCAUGUGCAGCUUUACAGAAUCCAACUUAUCUGGAGAAUGUGAAAAAUUUACUGGUAAAAGAAAGGGAGAGGUUGUUUAAUCUUCUCAAGGGAAUACCAUUCCUGAAGCCAUUUCCCAGUCAUUCUAACUUCAUUCUCUGCGAGGUCACGUCAGGAAAGGAUGCAAAGAAAAUAAAGGAAGACCUUGCGAAGAUGGGAGUGAUGAUCCGCCACUAUGACAAGAAGGAACUGAAAGGCUAUAUUCGUAUCUCGGUUGGGAAACCCGAGCACACUGAUGCACUAAUGAAGGGCCUGAAUGCACUUCGAUUGUGAGAGCUUUUGCACACGAUCAAGCUUUUGCACACUAUCAAGCUUUUGCACACCAUCACAUCAAUGUAAACAGUGUAUUCCUUUGCGGAUAUAUAUCCGUCAGGCUGGAUGCAGUCUAUAAGAGGAGAUUGCAUCACUCCAACGCAUGUGAAGCCCAAACAGACAAGGGUCAUGUGGGUUUCACUAUCCUUUUGUUUAGCAAGUUGAAGUCUGUUUUUGUUAUUCAGUGGCAUAACAGCUAUUCACAAGAUUAUCUUGUUCAGAACAAGUGUAGCAGUUGAAUUCCUGGUAGGUGGUUUCUGAUGUUGGGUUGAGACUUGAGAGAACUGAACAUUGUGUAGGUAUAAAUAAAGGCCAACAUAGCAAUGCUGUUGUCUUAGUACUUGUAUCAAAGGUCAUUCAGUCGUUGCAAAUUUCGACCAAAUAAAGGGAUGAAAUGAAAGCUUGG